AUGCUACCCUUUCUCGCCCCCUACCUCUCCAACCCUCGUCAGUCGCUGUCGCAGGUGCUGAAUUUUGCCCUCGUCCUGUCGACUGCGUUCAUGCUAUGGAAGUCGCUGUCCGUUAUUGCAGACUCGCCCUCGCCUAUCGUGGUAGUUCUGAGUGGAUCGAUGGAACCUGCGUUUCAAAGAGGUGAUUUACUGUUUCUCUGGAACCGAGAUAAAACGGCCGAGGUGGGAGAAAUAGUCGUCUACAAUGUGAAGGGCAAGGACAUUCCAAUUGUCCACCGCGUUGUCCGAAGUCACGCACCUGCAGCGGCUGUCGAAGUGGAUAAAAGUGGUAACCUCUCGAACGCGUCUCCAAAACUCCUCACAAAAGGCGACAACAACGUCGCCGACGACACAGAGCUCUAUGCGCGGGGUCAGAGUUACCUGGAUAGAAAAGAGGAUAUUAUUGGCAGCGUGCGCGGAUAUGUGCCAGCAGUUGGCUACGUGACCAUCAUGCUCAGCGAACACCCUUGGUUGAAGACGGUUAUGCUAGGAAUGAUGGGCCUGAUGGUCAUUUUACAAAGGGAAUGA